AUGCACAAAAUCUGUGGGCAAAGCCCCAGCAGUCACACUUGCACUCAAGUCUGUGGGCAAGUAACAGACAGUCACGCCUGCACUCAAGUCUGUGGGCAAGUAACAGAGCAUUCACGCCUGCACUCAAGUCUGUGGGCAAUCUGUGGGCAAGUAACGGACAGUCACGCCUGCACUCAAGUCUGUGGCCAAGUAACGGAGCAGUCACGCCUGCACUCAAGUCUGUGGCCAAGUAACGGACAGUCACGCCUGCAUUCAAGUCUGUGGGCAAGUAACGGAGCAGUCACGCCUGCACUCAAGUCUGUGGGCAAUCUGUGGGCAAGUAAUGGAGCAGUCACGCCUGCACUCAAGUCUGUGGGCAAAAUAAUGGAGCAGUCACGCCUGCACUCAAGUCUGUGGGCAAGUAACGGAGCAGUCACGCCUGCACUCAAGUCUGUGGGCAAUCUGUGGGCAAGUAACGGAGCAGUCACGCCUGCACUCAAGUCUGUGGGCAAAUGUUACGCCUGCACUCAAGUCUGUGGGCAAGUAACAGAGCAGUCACGCCUGCACUCAAGUCUGUGGCCAAGUAACGGGCAGUCACGCCUGCACUCAAGUCUGUGGGCAACGGUCACGCCUGCACUCAAGUCUGUGGGCAAUCUGUGGGCAAGUAACGGAGCAGUCACGCCUGCACUCAAGUCUGUGGGCAAGCAGAGCAGUCACGCCUGCACUCAAGUCUGUGGGCAAAACGGAGAUCACGCCUGCACUCAAGUCUGUGGGCAAGUAACAGAGCAGUCACGCCUGCAAUCAAGUCUGUGGGCAAAUAAUGGACAGUCACGCCUGCACUCAAGUCUGUGGGCAAAUAACGGAGCAGUCACGCCUGCACUCAAGUCUGUGGGCAAGUAA